AGGAGGAGCUCGGCCUGAGGCACUCCGAGCCUGCCCGAGUCGCAGUGGCCUCGCGGCCCGAGGCGGUGGUGGCGGCAGCGAGGCGGCGACAUGGCCAUUGCCUCAGAGGAUGACACGCAUCACAGCUCCAACUCUACCUACAGAGCCACUGGCAGCCCACUGCAGCCUGACCAGGAGGCACUGCUCGGGAAGCAGCUGGACUGCCCACCGCCAGACCGCUGCCACGCCACCUACGCCAUUUUCUUCAGCCUGGGCAUCGGUAGCCUCCUGCCAUUUAACUUCUUCAUCACUGCCAAGGAAUACUGGGCCUUCAAGCUCCACAACUGCUCCAACCCUGCCUCGAGGAGGGACCCUGAGGACUCUGACAUUCUGAACUACUUUGAGAGCUACCUUACCAUCGCCUCCACUGUGCCCUCCCUGCUGUGCCUCGUGGCCAACUUCCUGCUGGUCAACAGGGUUCCAGUCCGUGUCCGCGUCCUGGCCUCGCUGAUUGUCACAUUGUCCAUUUUUGUGGUGAUGAUCGCGCUGGUGAAGGUGGACACUUCCUCCUGGACCCGAGGCUUCUUUACUGUCACCAUCAUCUGCAUGGCUAUCGUCAGUGGCUCUGCCACCAUCUUCAACAGCAGCAUUUAUGGGCUGACGGGCUCCUUCCCCAUGAGGAAUGCGCAGGCGCUAAUAUCAGGAGGAGCCAUGGGAGGGACCAUCAGUGCUGUCGCCUCACUGGUGGACCUGGCCGCAUCCAGUGACGUGAGGGACAGCGCUCUGGCCUUCUUCCUGACGGCAGUCGUCUUCCUAGGGCUCUGCAUGGGGCUCUACCUGUUGCUCCUGAGGCUGGAGUAUGCCAGGUACUACAUGAGGCCUGUUGGUCCAGUCCAUGUGUUUUCUGGUGAAGAGGAGCCACCACAGGACUACCCCCAUUCCCCUUUGGUGCCCCCCAGAUCCCUUGAGUCCCACAUGCCACCCCUACGACCCAUACUGAGGAAGACCGCUGGCCUGGGCUUCUGCAUAAUCUACCUGUUCUUCAUCACCGCCCUCAUCUUCCCCGCCAUCUCUGCCAACAUUGAGUCCCUCCACAAGGGCUCGGGCUCACCAUGGACCACCAAAUUCUUCGUGCCCCUCACCACCUUCCUCCUGUACAACUUCGCCGACCUGUGUGGCCGGCAGAUCACAGCCUGGAUCCAGGUGCCGGGCCCCAACAGCAAGAUGCUCCCUGGGCUGGCGCUGCUGCGCACCACCCUCAUCCCACUGUUUGUGCUGUGUAACUACCAGCCCCGAGUCCACCUGAUCACGGUGCUCUUCCAGUCUGACAUCUACCCCGUGCUCUUCACCUGCCUGCUGGGGCUGAGCAAUGGCUACCUCAGCACCCUGGCUCUCCUCUAUGGGCCCAAGAUUGUGCCUAGGGAGCUGGCCGAGGCCACUGGGGUGGUGAUGUCCUUUUACAUUUUCAUGGGCUUGAUGCUGGGCUCAGCAUGCUCUGCCCUGCUGGAGCACCUCAUCUAGGGGGGGAACGGGUCAAGAACGUCAGUGCUGCAUGAAGCUUUGGUCCCCUGGGAGCUGGGGAAUGAGGCCAGGAGCUCACACACAGCUCACAGUGGAAGAAAGGUAUUUUCCAAGGUGCAGAGAGCAGAGCAUAUUUGGGCUUCUGCCCUCCCAAGAUGCCAGGAAGCCAUAUCCUUGCCCAUCCUGUGCAAGGAGAAACAUUCCAGACACUUUAACAGAAUGCUUUAGGGAGAUACAAAGAAGACAGUUACAAACGGGUAACCCUUCCUAGAAGGCCAGAACCCAGAGGUGAUGGUCUGUAUUCUCCCAGAAAGAUGGGAGAUUCUCAGCCCUCCCUUCUCUGAUGGGGGUCCCCUGGAGUGGAGGUCCCCCUGGAUGGCCGGUCCUCAGGCCCAAGUCCGAGCUUGCACAGACCUGAGUUCUGUGGGUGAGUGGGUACCCAGCAGCCAGACUGGAAAGCCUGGAGAGAUGGGCCUCACUGAGUCCUUCCUGCCCCCCCCCCCGAAGGCUCCGGGGGCCUCCCUGGGCCAGGGUCUGAGCUCCUCAGGCCAGGUUCAUUAUGGCUUGGUGGGCCACAGCCUGGAUCAGAACAGGGUCUUUUAACAUUUGUGUUUACAACCUGUCAAGGCCAUCGGUUUAAGGGCCCAAUAAAUCCUGGAAUAUUCAA